UCGUGGUACCUAUUCGUAUGUAUCUCCAGUUAAAUCAUGGACGUGGCAUUAGCUUGGACGAGAAUAAGAAGAGUUCAAGCGGCCUUCUAUAUGCUUCUCGGGUUACGACUUACCGCUGUACACUUUCCUGAUUCAGCGACCGUCUCAGACGGCGACCGCUUUACUUUUAUAAUAGUGGGAGGAGGGACUGCAGGCUGCGUGCUUGCUAACCGACUCUCAGAGUGGAGUCGGUACAACGUGCUUCUCAUCGAGGCUGGUGGUGAUCCACCUUAUGAGUCCAUGCUUCCAGGAUUAGUAGGCUACCUUCCAAAAACGCCAUAUGACUGGAACUACACAGACCAAUACGACAGAAACCGAGAGUUAUACCAAAACGGUUCAGAACUCCACCAAUAUGAAACGGUACCAGAACGGAGAUUGUCACUGACACAAGGCAAAAUGUUGGGUGGAUCCAGUGGCAACAAUUUCAUGUUUUAUGCUAGAGGACAUCCUCACGAUUACAACUCUUGGGCAGAAAAACUCAGAGAUCCGUCCUGGAACUACGAAAAUGUAUUACCGUACUUCAAGAAGAGUGAACAUUUAAGCGAUCCUGGAAUUCUUGCAUCUAAAUACGGGGAAUUCCACGGAACUGCAGGCUAUCUUCAUAUCACCAGAGCAAAGGAUCCUAAAACUAAAGAAUAUGCUGAUAUGUUUCACGAAUUGGGACAUAAAAUGCGAAUUGAUUUCAAUAGCUAUGAAACUCUAGGAUUUGGUGAAGGUACUUUUGCUAUUUACAAAGGAGUUCGACAGAGUACAGCUUUUAGUUUCCUUAAGCCAAUUAAACAUCGACAAAAUUUGCGCGUGCUUAAGAAUACACUGGUUACCAGAAUCCUAUUUGAUAAAUUUAAAAAUGCUAUAGGAGUAGAAGCAUUGACUAAAGACAGAAAAUUAAUCAAGAUAAUGGCAGAUACUGAAGUGAUAAUAACUGCUGGGGCAUUUAACUCACCCAAGUUACUUUUGCUCUCUGGCAUCGGUCCCAAAGAAGACUUGAUAAGUUUAGACAUAAAUGUAGUUUCUAAUCUACCAGUUGGACAACAUUUAAAAGAACAACCACCAGCUUUAGUUGCAUACAAAAUGAAAAAAUCUAGUAAACCACUAAAACCAACAAAUUACGGAAAAUAUCCCUUUUCUACUUUAAUAGGUUUUAUAGCACUUAACAAAUCUCAAAAUUAUCCAGAUACUGAAUCUAUAUGUUACAUCAUUCCUAAUGAAUCGGAUGCUGCGUUAUCAUUAUGCUCUUUUAAUUUUGGUCUUACUAAUGACACAUGCCAAGCCCUUUACGAAGCUGGUAAAGGGAGAGAGAUAUUAUUUUGUAUGCAAGUUCUGCUGCAUCCCAAAUCAAGUGGCACUGUUAAGCUCCAAAGUACAAAUCCUGAAGAUGAUCCUUUAAUCUCUCUAAGAACUUACUCAGAGAAGGAAGACGUAGAAACUAUGGUAGACGCUUGUAGUGUUUUGGAUAGAAUCAGGUCUUCAAGUUAUUAUAAGAUUAUUGGUGGUGAAGUGAUUGAUCUUAGACUACCUAAAUGUUUAGGGUUGAAAUAUGGGACUGGGGGAUACUGGCGUUGUCAGGCGUUAAGCACAAGAUGGUCGAUUUGGCACUACAGCAGCUCGUGCGGCAUAGGCCGUGUCGUGGAUUCCAGACUGCGUGUGUAUGGCGUGAAACGACUGCGCGUGGCGGACAGCUCCGCUAUGCCCAGCAUUCCCCGUUCAAACAUUAUGGGACCCGUGAUUAUGAUCGCCGAGAAGGCUGCUGACAUGAUUAAGUCAGAUAAUUCUAUUAACCUUGUAAGGCCAAAUGUGCAUUAUAAUGUACACUGUUUCAAUCUAAUUCGAACCUUUCAAUAA